UGGGAGAAGAAGCUCACCAAAUCUCACGUCUUCGAGUGCAAUUUAGAGGCGACCGUUGCAAAGAUCAUCUCGCCAAAGUUUGCAAUAGCUCUGCGAACUUCUGGACACUUACUCCUAGGAGUGGUGCGGAUUUACCACAGGAAAACAAAGUACCUCCUGGCAGACUGUAAUGAAGCUUUGACAAAAAUGAAGACAGCAUUUCGCCCAGGCCUUGACCUUCCAGAAGAGAUCGUUGAGGCAGCUUAUCAGGCCAUUACAUUACCUGAAGAAUUUAAUGAUUUUGAAACACCACUACCUGAUUUAAAUGCCAUUGAUGUUGCUGAACAUUUUACCUUGAAUCAGAGCAGAGCUGAGGACAUCACACUCACAGAGGAGUACGGAAGCAAUAUGCUUCUUUGUGAUAGAAACUUUGACGAAGAACCGGAAGCACUAAGAAAAAAGAGUUUCUUGGACAGCAGAACCGCAAAGAGCAGUAACAGCCCUGACCACAACUCCGCCAGCGUGAGCAGAGACAAGUCUGUGCUGCAGGGAGAUACCUUCUGUUUGGAGGAGGACUUAUUUGGGGAUGAGGAGGAGGAUGUAGAUAUGAUUGAAAUCUUGCUGAGGGAUGAGCAAAGCAGCCUACAUAAGGACUUGCUUGAUCUGGAGGAAGAACGUCCUUUGUCAGAAGAUCUGCCGGGGAACAGCACAGCCGUGGAGUUCAACUGCGCAAAUGCCACCGUUGAGGAGGUCGGUCACCUAACGAAUGAAAUGACAUUUUUGUCGAAAGAAGAAGGAUUUGUGCUUGAGCCACUUGAUGAUUCAGUUGUCAACCAGGUGAAAAAAAAUAAAAGAAAGAGGAAGUUGCUGGUGGAUGCCGUGAAGGAGAUCAGCAGCAACGCUAUAUACAACCAACUGAACAACUGCACGGACAUUCUUGCUACACUGGACCUUGCACCCCCGACAAAGAAAACCAUGAUGUGGAAGAAGCUGGGAGGCGUGCGGAGCCUCCUGUCCCACGCUGCGCAGCCCGUGGUUCAUGCCGAGCUGCAGAAGUUGUUUGCAAAAUGCUUCAAGAGCCACAGCUUAAAGGUGAGAAGAAAUGGAACAGAGACAGAAUCUGAAAUGGAAAAAACAAGAAGAGAGCAAGAUAGCACAGAGAUGCUGAUAGAGCCACGUUACCUGCAGGAAUCAGCUCCUUCCAAGACUGAGAGAAGACUUAUAGACGAUUCGUUUAUGCUGACACCAGAGAAUGCCAGAAACGAAACUGCCGAUAACUGUGGUGAAAAUAUGCCGGAUGGACCGGUGCUCUCGGAGAGCUCCUCGCUGCCGAGCCGGUCCCUGGGCCAAGAAGCGGAAGCACCACAAGCACCGCAAGCAGAGUUAACGAACGAGCUGAAGAGGAGCAAGAAGGACAGGGAAGAACUAAAGUGGACCAAAAGAACUCUUCAGUUAUUAAAAACUUUACAGCACCUGAGGAGAUCGGGCGGGCAUUCUUUCAGUUUUCAGGAGCUGUGUUGGAAAAACAGCCGGAAAGAAGCCGCAUCCAAGUUCUACAUCAUUCUCGUUCUGAAGAAGCGGUCAGUUAUCGAGCUCAGCCAGAGCGCUCCCUUCGCUGACAUCACAGCCACCGUCGGCCCAGCGUUCGACGCUCACUGA